CACCCUCAUCCCAUCAACCACACACACACACAAUGGCCUUCGGAAAGCUCUACGGUCUCCCUGACAACCCUCGCACCAUCGCCGCCCUGGUUGCUGCCAAGGCGAACGAUGUUGAGCUCGAGCUGGUCAACACCGUUGCCAACUCCUCUGCCGAGUUCAACUCGUCUGCUGAGUACCGCGAGAUCCAGCCUCUGGGCAAGAUCCCCGCCUUCGUUGGUGCCAACGGCUACAAGCUCUCUGAGGCCAUUGCCAUUGCUGUCUAUGUGACCUCCCAGAAUGAGAAGACCACCCUCUUGGGCAAGACCAAGCAGGACUAUGCUUCCAUCCUUCGCUGGCUGUCCUUCGCCAACGCCGAGCUCCUUCCCCGUCUGGCUGCUUGGUACCGCCCCCUCCUUGGCUUCGACCAGUACAACAAGAAGACCGUCGAUGAGGCUAGCAAGCAGGCCCUGAAGGUCCUCUCCGUCCUGGAGACCCACCUCACUGCCAACACCUACCUGGUUGGUGAGCGUAUCACCCUUGCCGAUACCUUCGCUGCCGCCCUCCUUACCCGCCCCUUCGCCACCGUCCUGGACAAGGCCUUCCGCACCGCCAACCCUGCCACCGCCAGAUGGUACGAGACCCUUGUCAACCAGCCCGCCUUCAAGGCUGUUGUUGAGAACCCCGUCUUCAUUGAGGAGGUCAUCAAGCCCGUCCUCCCCAAGAAGGAGGAGAAGCCCAAGAAGGAGGCCGUCGCUCAGAAGGAGGCCCCUGUUGCCGCCGCCGCUGAGGAGGACAAGCCCGCCCCCAAGCCCAAGCACCCCCUUGAGGCCCUCGGCAAGCCCACCCUGAUCCUCGAUGACUGGAAGCGCAUGUACUCCAACGAGGACACCCGCCCCACUGCCCUCCCUUGGUUCUGGCAGAACUUCAAGGCCGAUGAGUACUCCCUCUGGCGUGUGGACUACAAGUACAACGAUGAGCUCAAGCUCACCUUCAUGGCCAACAACCUCAUUGGUGGCUUCCACGCUCGUCUUGAGGGUUCCCGCAAGUUCCUCUUCGGUGCCCAGUCCGUCUUCGGCGAGAACUACAAGUGCGUCAUCAAGGGUGUGUUCAUGAUCCGCGGCCAGGACCACGUUCCCGCCUUCGAUGUCGCCCCCGACUGGGAGAGCUACGAGUUCGAGAAGCUCGACCCCGCCAACGAGGCCCACCGCAAGCUCGUUGACGACAUGUGGGCCUGGGACGUCCCUGCCUCUGUUGACGGCAAGGAGCUCCCCUGGGUUGACGGCCACGUCUUCAAAUAGACGAUGUCUUUAUUCCUUGACGCCCUUUUAAUUUUUUUUAUGCUUGAAAAAAAACCCCAGCCA